UCUUCUUGGACAGCGUACCCCACCCUCUCUCUCCUUUUCACUCUCUUUUCUUAUCUACUACUACAAGAGCAGAGGAGUAUCGAUUUCUAUUUUACACAUCUUUUUCUCUUGGGCUGACACAGUCCCUAUAAUUCAAACUCCAUUGCUUCUCCUUCUGUUUUAUCCAAUUCUGCAACUUCUCUCUUUCUUUGUUGUAUUGGGUCACCAAUCAUGGGCGGCUGUUUAAGCAGGAAAAAGGGGUCUUCUUCUUUGAAUGCAACUACCCCUGUUGUGUCUCUUUCAUCUAUGGAAGCAGUAGUUCCAGAUAAAUUAUGUGCUCUCAAAGGGGAUGCUGAUGUGAAUAUCAAGGAGAAGCUAGUCGGGGAAGAGAAGGUGAAGAAACAACUAGUGGUUGAAGAAGAAGGAUUGGUGAAGAAGGAGAUUUUUGUGAUAAAACACAGGACAAGCCACGAUAGAGAGAAACUCGCUCCUCCUCAGAAGGAUAUUGGGCUAGUGGAAGAAAACAGGGUUGCUUCUGCUCUUCCCAGUAGUACUAAUACUAACCCAAGCGCAGGUGAUGUUAAAAUAGGCAAUAAUGACAGCACUAUGGUGAUGAGGACCUCAAGCUGCGCAAAAGAGGAGGUGGAUGCUAUUCUCAUACAAUGUGGAAGGCUUAGCCGGAGCAAUUCGUUUGGAGCCGGAAAGGCUCCUUCUUCAGGCAGGAAGUACUCCGGGCACAAGAGGAGUUAUGACUUGGAUCACAAUGACCAGGACCAAGAUGUUGAGAUUGCUCCUGCUUCUACUUAUAAUCCCAGAAAGAGCAAUGCUGAUGAAGAUAAUGAAAUGGCUGCAGACAGAAGGCAGCAUCGCCAACGCCACCGCCAUUCGGGUAGGUCUUCUCCUUCUUCUUCUUCACAAGGAAGGAGGAGGACACCCAGCAGGGAAAGAGAGCAGCGCUCUGGCAGCAGAGAGAGAGGCAGCGGCAGCAGUAGUAGUGGGAGAAGAGUGAGUCGAUCACCGGGUAGAAGAUCAGAAACGACCCCAACUGCGAAUUCUAAUGGUAGUAGUAAUGCUAAUAAUACAACUACUACUACUAAUAGGCCUGGAAAGAUGGUCUCGGUUCCCGCUACUGUUUCUUCCUUGACAAUGGAUAAAAGCAAAAAUGGCGUCGAAUCUCAGACAGGGACUGCCAUUAAACGGAUCUCUGUGAAGAGAAAUGUUGGAGACUCAGCCAUGUCAAAUUCAAGGGGUGCUGCAUCUCCCCGUUCCCAGUCCCCGGUGAGAACAAAUGCCAAGGGUUCUAAUGAGAAUAAUCAGCAGCAGCCAUCGCUUAGUCGCAACUCUUCAAAUAAAGCAGAGAAAUCGCCUUAUAGAAGGAAUCCAUUGAGUGAAAUCGAUCCAAAUUCCCUUGUUUAUUCGCAAGCAACUGAAAACAAGAAAACUGUCUGUAUCAACAAUAAUAUCAGCGGCAAAGUACAAACCAGAAACAAAGAAACCGAAGGACAAGCAGUGAUGAAGGAAUCUAUCAGUGUUCUAAAUCAGGCUCAAAUGCAGAAGCCAAAUGCUGACAUAAACAACAGACCAGUUGCUCAAGGGACUAAUUGUAGAGGAAGCAGCAACACUGUGAAAGAAGCACCAGUAAUUGUGGAAGAGACCGAAGUGCCAGACUUAAAGCCUCAAACACUAACAAGAAGUAGGUCAGCCAGGAGAUCUCAAGACCUAGCCUUCAAUCCUGAAACUUUGUUGAAUCCCAACCCAUCAUAUACUGCGCUAUUGCUUGAAGACAUACAGAAUUUUCACCAAAAGAACACCACGACCCCCCCUUCAUUCUCAGUUCCACUAUGUGUCACCAAGGCCUGCUCCAUUCUUGAAGCAGUUGCUGAUCUCAACUCCACUACAAGCUCCAACCUUUCAUGUGCAUUUGUUGAGGAUAGAAGAAGCCCUACCACAACGGGUGCUAAUCUUGUUGGGAAGAAAUUAACAGAGGCCAAAGACCCUUUUGUGGAAUCAGAGGUCCUAGUAAGUGAUGAUAUAAUGGAGCCAAGCUUCCACAAGUAUGUGACAGUAAGGAGGGGCGGCAAGUCGAGUAGAGAAGAUAUGGAUGAGCAAGAAUCCUCAGGCAGCAACAGUUUUGUGGGUGGCAGCCUACAGCAUUGGGGGGAAUAUUCUACCUCUACAUGGGAACCCAACUCAACCGAUUCAACUGAUAGCUGGACUUCACGAUACAACACCAGAGCGGAGGAUGAGAAGAACCUAUCAGGAUUUCAAAAGCAUGUAGUACCGGAAUCAGGCCGUGAUAUGGAAGAGGCUAUGAGGGGAUUUAAAGGGCAAAGGACAGGAAUUGGGCGUGGGAGAGCUGCUUCCGGUAAAAAUCUUCACUCAAAUUUGGUUGUUGCAGCCGCUGCUUCAACAUAAGGCUAAAUGGCACCCAUCCGGUUGUAGUUUUUAAUCCACUAGAUCUUUGGUUUUCCACUUGUAAACAUUUAGCAGUUUGUUUGGUGGUUGCAAACUUGCAACCAUUCUCGUCAUAUUUAUUUUGAAGCCAUGCGGGUCAAUGACACGAGGAAUGCUGACAAUUUGGUGAUUUUCUAUCAA